GGAGGAGGAAGGACUGGAGGGGCUGAAGGAGCUGCAGUGGGAGCUGCCCCUGCAGGACGAGCCUUUAUACCAGACUUACCGAGCAGCUGUGCUGUCAGAGGAGCUGUGGGGUGUGGGUGAGGAUGGGGGUCCCUCUCCAGCUAAUCCUGGAGAAGCUCCCACCUUCUCCAGGCUUCCUGGACCUCGAAACACUCUGUGGCAGGAGCUCCCGGCUGUGCGAGGCAGUGGUCUCUUAGAGAGUCUAAGCCCCCAGGAAAGGCGCAUGCAGGAGAGCCUGUUUGAGGUGGUGACAUCAGAGGCCUCCUACCUGCGCUCGCUGAGGCUGCUGACGGACACCUUCGUCCUGAGCCAGCCUCUCCGGGACACACUCACUCCUCGGGAUCAUCACACGCUUUUCUCCAAUGUGCAGCGAGUCCAGAGUGUCAGCGAGCGGUUUCUAGGAACACUGCUGUCUCGAGUUCGUUCUUCCCCACACAUCACUGACCUGUGUGAUGUGGUGCACGCCCAUGCAGUUGGUCCUUUCUCCGUGUAUGUGGAUUAUGUACGGAACCAGCAGUAUCAGGAGGAGACCUAUAGCCGCCUUAUGGAUACAAAUGUGCGCUUCUCUGCAGAGCUGCGGAGGCUGCAGAGUCUCCCCAAAUGUGAGCGGCUUCCGCUGCCAUCUUUCCUGCUGCUGCCUUUCCAGCGCAUCACCCGGCUCCGGAUGCUGUUGCAGAAUAUCCUAAGCCAGACAGAGGAGGGGUCCAGUCGUCAGGAGAAUGCCCAGAAGGCCCUGGGCGCUGUGAGCAAGAUCAUUGAGCGCUGCAGCGCUGAGGUGGGGCGCAUGAAGCAGACCGAAGAGCUGAUCCGACUCACCCAAAGGUUGCGCUUCCACAAAGUCAAGGCUCUACCGCUGGUCUCCUGGUCACGGCGCCUGGAAUUGCAGGGGGAGCUGACUGAACUGGGGUGUCGGAGGGGGGGUGUGCUCUUCACCUCCCGCCCACGCUUCACUCCCCUCUGCCUGCUGCUCUUCAGUGACCUGCUGCUUAUCACUCAGCCCAAGAGUGGGCAGCGGCUGCAGGUUCUGGACUAUGCCCAUCGCUCCCUGGUGCAGGCCCAGCAGGUUCCUGACCCAUCUGGACCCCCUACAUUCCGCCUCUCCCUUCUCAGCAACCACCAGGGCCGCCCGACCCACAGGCUACUCCAAGCGGCCUCACUGUCAGACAUGCAGCGAUGGCUGGGAGCCUUCCCCACACCAGGUCCCCUUCCCUGUUCCCCAGACACCAUCUAUGAGGACUGUGAGUGUUCCCAGGAGCUAUGUUCAGAGCCAGCUACACCUUCCAAGACUGAAGGGCAAAGUCUGGAGUCCAAGGCCCCCCGAAAGCAUCUCCACAAGAAUCCAGAAG